AUGGAAGGCAACCUGCCACAGCAACAGUGUCAUCCGGCAUCUACUGCCGUGGAGAAAGAUGGUCUGGUUAUCCCAAUCAUUGACUUCAAUCCCUUUCUAAACGGAACACCCGCCGACAAGCACGCCGUCGCCACGUCCGUCGUAGAGGCUUUCAAAUCCUCAGGCUUCCUCUACCUCAAAGACCACGGCAUCCCGCCCUCCGUGGUAUCUGGGGUCUUUGGCUCGUCCGCGCGCUUCUUCGCUCGACCCCAGGAGCAGAAGGACGGUUUGUGCUGGACUACCCCACAGGCGAACCGUGGUUACGUGAAGACGGGACAAGAGAAGCUAACCCUGCCGGACGAUCCCGAAACUGACAGUGACAAGCUGCGCGCAACCCCGGAUCUCAAGGAGACGAUGGAGAUCGGCCGCGAGGGCGUGGACGGGCUCCCCAACCGGUGGCCGGAUCAUCUCGACGACGAGGGCAAGAGCUUCAAGGAAGCGAUGCUCUCGUUCUGCAACAUGUGCAAGGCCCUCCACAUGGAGGUUAUGCGCGCCAUUGCUCUGGGCAUGAAUCUGCCCGAGCACUUCUUUGAUUCCUAUGUCGAUCAGGGUGAUAAUACUCUGCGACUGCUGCAUUAUCCGUCCGUUUCGAAAGAUGUGUUCAAGGCGAAUCCGCUGCAGGUCCGCGCCGGCGAGCAUAGCGAUUACGGAUCGAUCACGCUUCUGUUCCAAGAUCAUCGCGGGGGCUUGCAGGCCCGCAGUCCCAAGGGGACCUUCGUAGAUGUGACGUCCAUCGCGGACACGGUGGUGAUCAAUGCCGGGGAUCUGCUGGCGCGGUGGUCCAAUGAUACCAUCAAGAGUACUCGACACCGGGUGGUAGAGCCUCCCCAUGCGGCGGACGAGGAAGGCCCAGAAACGUAUCCAGACCGCUACAGCAUCGCGUACUUCUGCAACCCUAAUAUGAACAAGCUCAUCGAAGCUAUCCCUGGAACCUACGGGGAUGACCUGCGACAGGCAAAGUAUCCUGGUAUCACUGCCGGAGAUUACCUUGUGCAACGUCUGACAGCCACGAUUUAA